GCCCGGGGACAGGGUCUGCUAGGCCGUGGGCUGUGCCAUGUGGAGCAGCAUUUGCCUCCAGGGAUAGGGAAGGAGGACGAAAGUCUUUAAGCCUUAUCAAUUAAUGUUAAUUACCAACGAUUGAAAAAUGCAGACCACCAAGGCACUGCUCAUUUCUCCAGUUCUGAUCCGCUCCUGUACCAGGGGUCUAAUCAGGCCUGUGUCUGCCUCCCUCCUGAGUAGACCAGAGGCUCCAUCUAAAAAGCCUUCCUGCUGCAGCUCCCCUCUCCAGGUGGCCAGACGGGAAUUCCAGACCAGUGUUAUUUCCCGGGACAUUGACACAGCAGCCAAGUUUAUUGGUGCCGGGGCCGCCACAGUUGGUGUGGCUGGAUCAGGGGCUGGCAUUGGCACAGUGUUUGGUAGCUUGAUUAUUGGCUAUGCCAGGAACCCGUCUCUCAAGCAGCAGCUCUUCUCCUAUGCCAUCCUGGGCUUUGCCCUGUCUGAGGCCAUGGGGCUCUUCUGUUUGAUGGUCGCCUUCCUCAUCCUCUUCGCCAUGUGAGGCUCCAUGGGAUCACCCAGCCGUCCCUGCUGCUUUGACUCCAUGCCAGUCCUGGUGCUGGAGUGUGCUGAGCUUUACCAUUAAACUACGUUUCUCUAAACCA